CAACACCCAUCUCUCCGCUCUCUCACUAACUCAUACCUCACAAAAAUCAUGUCUGACGGUGAAGGUGGUGAAAAAAAGAGCGGCUACCGGCUUGAAGUCGCUCCCUCUGCUAGGGCACAGUGCAAGGGUCCGAAGCCAUGCAAAGGUACAAAAAUCAACAAAGGCGAGCUACGACAUGGAUCUGUUGUGGAUUUCCGAGGAAACACUUCUUUUGCAUGGCGUCACUGGGGCUGUGUCACUGAGCGUAUCAUCAAGAACAUGAAAGCUGCGUUUGAGGAUCCAACCGAACUGGACGGCUUUGAUGAACUCCCAGAGGAACACCAGGAACGUGUCAAAAAAGCAUACGAAGAGGGCCACGUAGCUGAGGAAGAUAUUCCUGAGAGUGCACGUAAGCCUGAAGGUGAAGGCGACGAAGAAGACGAGGAAGAAAAGAAGCCUGCGAAAAAGAAGCAAACGAAGAAGAGGGUUAGAAGUGAUGAAGAUGGGGAAGAAGAGAAGGAUGAAACUCCCAAGAAGAACCCCAAGCCUCGCAAGCGUGCCAAGAAAUCGGAUGAUGAUGACGAAGAAGAGAAGGGAAAAGAAGAAGAAAAGCCAAAGAAAAAGGCUGCACCCCGCAAGCGUGCCCCUAAGCAGAAGGAUGAAGAUGGCGAAGAGAAGCCACCUGCAAAACGUGGAAGAAAGAAGGCUGAAUCGAAGGCUGCGGAGGGCGAUGAGGACGAACCAGCGCCGAAGAAGAAACGUGCAGCGCCCAAGAGCGGAGAUAAGAAAGCCAAGAAGGUUGACGAAGAUGAAUCUGGCGAAGAUUUCGGUGAUGAACUGGAUAAGGUGUCUGGCGAUGAAGAGGAUGAGGUUGAAGAGAAACAGAAACGCAAGAAGGUGGAGAAAGGCGUAUCGAAAGGGAGGGUGUCAAAGGCUUCGGUAGUUGACAAGCCAGUCUCGAAGUCUAAGCCAGCCUCAAAAGCUAAGCCUUCUUCGAAGGCGAAGCCUGCAUCUAAAAAGCCUACUAGCAAGGCUAAGAAAGUCGAGGAGAGAGCCGAGGAGGUUGCCGAAGAAGAUUGAAAGAGUGGCUGAGAUAUCAAAAGCCUUUUAAAAAACACAUGCACGUUCUCUACUUUGGACCAUAGGACUAUGCCUGCACCUUCGCGAUCCAUGUUCCGUCGUAUGAAUUGGCUUUCGGCUUGUUUCGUCUUGUUUUGCAUCCAUCAUGCGACACCCUACUUUUAUUCUGCCUGUGUAUUGCUGCCGUACUCUGCAUUUCGUUAUUUUGCGCGUAGUUAUUAAUACACGUAAUCCAUCGAUGUAUACUACCGUUUGGCACGUUCUUGUAAAUACAUU